AUGACCAACGACCCGACGGACCUGAAGAGCUUACUGGCUAGCCUCCCUUCCUGUGCAGCCGUCUGCGUCAACACACUCAUUGCCCAGUCGACCUGCGCUGUUAACGAUCUCGCCUGCGUCUGCCACGAUUCCAAGCUCGAGAAACAAAUCGAGCUAUGCGGCCAGGGGAACUGCACGAUUGAGGAUGCUUGGAAUGCCACGAGGCUGAUCAAGGUCGGCUGUGGCCACACUCGAGCCUCAGACACCACGACCUUCGUGGCCGUGACAGCUGUCUUUUUAGCGCUGGCCAUCCUGUUCUCCCUUCUUCGACUCUACAUUCGACCCCCAUUCAGCCCGCUGUUUCAUAUCGAUGAUGCUGUCAUGGCUUUUACAAUCCUCCCUGUCAUCACUUUUACGAGUAUCAACCUUGCUGCGGCCGACUAUGGGCUCGGGCAGGACAUUUGGCUUGUUCCGCCAGCCAAGGUCGAAAUGAUUCUCAAGUUUUUCUACGUCAACCAAUUCUUCUAUACCCUCAUUGGUGCCACCACGAGAGCAGCCAUCUUGCUCUUCUAUUUGAAGGUGUUCCCUCAACCACGAUUCCACAAAGUGACCUAUGCAGUGAUGGCCCUCUGCUUUGUGAACGCGGCCUCUUGGAUUAUCAUUGCUCUGAUUGAGUGUAAGCCUAUUUCGUAUCUUUGGCGCAUGGUCAGGGCGCCAGGCACUGGAAUGUGCAGAAUCAAUUUCCAGACUGCCAACACGGCAUUUGCGGCAACCAAUAUCGUUCUCGACGUCAUCAUCCUGGCGCUGCCGUUUCCGAUGGUGCUCAAACUUCAGAUUUCGCGAAUCAAGAAGCUGCAGGUGCUGAGCAUGUUCGGGGUGGGGUUCUUUAUCACCAUCGUGACCGUCCUUCGACUCUGCUUUCUUCGGACGCUAUCGUUUGAAGAAAAUAUUACCCGAGAUUACACGUUGAUCGGGAUCUGGAGUUCCAUCGAGAUAGACGUGAGCGUAGUCUGUGCAUGCAUGCCAGCAACUCGGCUAUUCCUCAAGAAGACGUGGGCGUCAAAGUUCGGAACCUCGGACAACCCAGCAACCGGAUCUUUCCAGCAGCACGACACGUCACGCUUUAGAUCUAGACACUCACGAGGCCCCCGACGCCUGCCCGACGCACACAUUGUAAAGUCUGUUGACAUUGACAUCUCUCACGCCAGACGGGAAGUGGACGAGAUGGAACUGAUUGAGUUCACGGGCUGGAGCAACUCAUCUGGAGGAGCCACCUCCUACAGGUCGUGA